GUACAAAUUUUUAUCAUUCUGACUUUAUAUAUUCAAUAUUCAAUUUUUUUUUAAAUUUCUCAAUUUCUACAAAAAAUUUUUUUUUUUAAUGACGGACGAUAACAAUCCCAAACCAAAAAAAUCGAACGUUUAUACUAGAACUGGGGAUAAAGGCAAAUCAAGUCUUUUUAAUGGAGAGCGAAGAAGUAAAGACGAUGAUGUUUUUAACGCGUUAGGAACUGUUGACGAGUUGAGUUCAAGUAUUGGAGUAGCUAAUCAUUAUUGUAAGAAAGCUGGAAAUGGAUUAGAAGAUAAAUUAGUUGAAAUUCAAUGUAAAUUGAUCGAAGUUGGAUCCAAUAUUGCCACUCCAAGAAAUUCUUCAAAUACGUCAAAAUUGUCGUUUACGUCAUUCGAUGAAGAAAAUGUAAAUAUAUUGGAAUCUUGGAUUGAUAAUUUGGAUAAUCAACUACCUCCUUUAAAAAAUUUCAUUCUUCCUUCUGGAGGAGAAAGUGCCGUGUUUUUACAUCAGUGUCGCUCGGUAUGUCGUAGAGCUGAGCGUGUAACUGUACCCUUGGUGGAAGCUGAAGUUACAGAACAAAGUGUUGGAAAAUAUUUAAACAGAUUAAGUGACUUUUUCUUUGUGGCUGCAAGAUAUGCUGCUAUGUUUGAAAAACAUAUCGAGAAUUAUUAUGAACAAAGAAGAGAUGAUAGAGAAAGUAAUUUGGUGAAAAGAGAAUUAUCUAAAGAGUAAUGAACAAUAUAUAUCGCUAUGGUGUUGGAAGGUAUACUGUAUGUCGCUAAGGUAGGUAUAUAUUGCUAAAGAAGGUAUACUUUAUAUCGCUAAGGGAGGUAAGUAUAUUAUCGCUAAGGAUGGAAAAAUAAUUUUAAAAAAUAUAUAUAACUUUUCUAAUUUUUCGGGAUGUAUAUUUUAUUUUUUUUUAUUCAAUAUGGAAAAUAAAUAUUGGGACAUAAUUUAAUUCU